AGAAAAUUAAAAAGCUAUAACAGGCGUCAAUAGAGAAGUACUAGAAGAAAAAAUUGAGAAAAUUGUGAAAAAGACUUUGGGAGUUUUUUAAGAGUCUAAUUCAAUUGUUAAAUUUAGACCCCCAAACAAAAAAGGUCAUAUUUUUCACUCUCUCUCUCUCUCCUCCAACAAAGUCCAAGUCUUUGAAUCCUCACCAAGAGAGAGGCAUCUCUAGUUUGUUUCUUUGAACUCUCUCCCUUACGUCUCCCAUCCAUUUCAAAUUUGGGCUACAAGAUCCUUCCCAUCUUCCAUUCCUUCCCCAAAAGAAAGGUCCAACUUUUUCUCCUUAAACACUUUCUCCACUUCUUCUUCAUAUUUUCAUCCCAACUACUGGGUUGAAAAAUCUCGAACAAAAGGCUAUAAACCAAAUACUGGGUUUUGGAGUUAGAAGCUAAUUUUCAUCUGGGCUAUCUUCAUUUUCAGAGAAAAACAUUCUGAACGCCUCAUUUCAUUGCAAGAUCAUAUUUUUUUCAUCUGGGUAAUUACAAAAAAUGGGAGAGCCUACUCGGAUUGGUCGAACAUUGGAUGAUUCAAAAGCCGUAGAGCUAACAGGGAAAAUCAUGGUUGUAGCGAUUAUAGUAUUCUUCGUUGUGGUUGUGUUCGUAAUUUUUCUCCAUCUCUACGCCAAGUGGUUCUGGUGGCGCAUUGAGGAAGAUACGGCGUCGUCCGGUCAACAGAGCAGCACUCGGCGCAGGCGCCGACGCUUCGUCUUUGCUCCUGGCCAAGACCCAAACAUCGUCACUCUACGAAGAGGGCUCGACACCUCUGUUCUCCAGUCCAUUCCCGUGCUGGUGUUUCAGCCAGAAGACUUCAAAGAUGGUCUCGAAUGCGCGGUUUGCCUCUCCGACCUUGCUCAGGGCGAAAAAGCUAGGCUUCUUCCCAAAUGCAACCAUGGCUUCCACGUGGAUUGUAUAGACAUGUGGUUCCAAUCCCACUCCACUUGCCCAAUUUGCAGAAACUCAGUAGCUCAAGAUAGCUCAUCCUCUGAGUUCUCGAGUUUGUCAAGGGAAGAGACUGUACGGACACCAUUGGAGGGUUUACCUUCUGAUUCAACAGAGUUUCCGAAUUUCCCCACCAACAUUUUGUUUUGGGGAAACCAAACCCAGGUAACCGCUGGUAACACUAGUUUGGAAGAGGGUCCUCCUUCUUCACAACCUUCUUCAUCAUCAACUCCAUCGUCAUCGUCGUCAUUGACUACAACAACUAGGCCAGAGGGUGUUUUGGUAAUUGACAUACCGAGUGAGAGCUCACAAACGACGUCGUUAGGUCCUUCGGGUAGUAGAAUAGCUAUGGAGGAGGAAUUGAAGUCGCCCGUAACGACAAGAUUAAGGUCACUAAAAAGGCUUCUUAGUAGGGAGAAAAGGGUCAAUCCUUGUAGUCCUAAUUCUGGUGACCUUGAACAAGGAAGCAGAGGACAGAGUUAGAAAGAAAAAUGUCGUUUUUGAGAUAGUGGGUGUUUGAAUUAAUUUACUAUUCAAUUCAAGCCAAUAUAUUUGUACACAUAAUUUGAUAUUGGGAACUAUGAUGCCGGUGGUGACAAGAAAAUUUGUUGUCUCAAGAGUGUCUGAUAAUUAUUUUUCAAAUCUACCAUCCCAGAUUCCAGAGCUCUUUGAAAAUGGGCAAAGUUAAAAAGCAAAAAACAGUUGUUUUUUUGCUCAAUGUCAUUUUGUUCUUGAGAAGAUUAGGUAGAUGUUUGAGCUUAAGAUAUCUCACAAAAGAGAAAAACAGUCCUUUAUGUGGACUGCCUUCUAUACAAGAAGUUUGUACAUUUUUUCUUUUCUUUUAUUUGAUAAUAGAUUUACCACAAUUGUUUGAAAUGAAUGUAUAUUGAGAAAGCCAAAAAUAGUUGGUUUGUUUGAUUUU